AUGCCGGGCAAAAAAUUCUCCGAUUUAUCCGUCCGAAGUCAGAACGAUUAUUUAACAACUGUUCGGAUGAACGCCAGGCUUGUGUCCAAUCGAACACAUCCUAACCUCACACGUCAAGACUCUCCUGAAACAUCUGAUGACAAUGAUUUUGCUAGUUCAUCAAUUGCAUCUGAGAGACCAGCCUACAAUGACAUGAACUCAAAUUCAGUAGAAUCAGCACCAGAAACAUCAAAGUAUGAACAAGAGUUGCAGGAGAAUCCCAGGGUUCCUGAUGAUAGUGACACCGAAGACUGCAACGAUUUUUCAGAUGAGAUGAGUUACUCGAGUCAUUCACAGAGUGAUUCUCAUGAAUUCAUGACUGAUAGUGAAAAUGAAAUCGAUUUGGAUGGUGCAGUACAUACUGCACAUCACGGCGAGAACCCAGAACUCGAUGAUGAUCCACCACUAUAUUUUGAAGCUCCUCUCAGUAUCCGAGAAAGUAUGCUCAUGUUACUAUCACUCUUUCUCAACCACUGGCUUGAUCAAUCGUGUCUAGGAGCCAUAAUUGACAUGGUAAAUCUACACUGCCCUCAGAGAGAUUUGAUGAAAAACAGUUUAUAUAAAUUCAAAAAAUAUUUCAAUUUACCAGAGCUCUCCAAACAUAAAAAUCAUUAUGAUUGUUCUGAGUGUUUUCAUGAAGUAGGGAGGCCAAAUGCAUUAUGUUCAGGUUGUCAGGAAAACACAAAAAUAGCUCAUUUGAUUGAGUUACCUUUUCGGGAUCAAUUACGAGCGAUGUUCAAACGAAAAGGUUUUUACGAAAGCCUACAAAAACGAUUUGAACGAGACUUUCAACCCGGUGUAAUAAGUGACAUUUAUGAGUGCCGACUGAACACCGUUUGCUCGCUCAAAAAUUACUGCACAGACGCCACGGGUGUGGAGACCCAGUGUACCCUUCUAGUCAGUGUGACGGAAAGGUACACUGGGACCCUGCACUAUCGGCCGACUGUACGAAUAAGUGACAUUUAUGAUGGACAGCAGUAUAAGAAAUUAACUGACCUCGAAUUCACCUCAAAUCCUCAUAAUAUUACACUCACUUGGUACACUGAUGGUAUCCCCGUUUAUAAAUCAUCGAAAGUGUCAAUGACACCAAUGUAUUUAUCGAUAAAUGAGUUACCCUUCUCAGAUCGAAGUUUACGUGAAAAUAUACUUCUAGCAGGCCUUCUGUUUGGGAGUCAGAAAAUAGACGUUAAUAUCCUCUUGAAAAAAAUAUUUGCCCAAUUUGAAGCUCCGGCAGCUGGAAUUGAUGUUUCCCUUCCACAGGGAAAUGUCAUCAACGUUCGCGGUCUGCUGUUACUCGGUACUUGCGAUCUACCAGCUAAAAGUGAUAUUUUCAACUUGAUCACAUUCAACGGAUUUUUUGGAUGUCCCCUUUGUGAAUGGCCUGGCGAAACCUUUGGUCUGCCAUCAGGAGGAACAACGCAUGUGUAUCGCUUUUCGGAAGAUCUACCACUGAGAAUUUCUGAAGCUGCUAUUCGCUGUGGAGAAGAAGCUCUGCAAACUGAUAGGCCCAUUUUGGGCUGGAAGGGGCCUUGCGUGAUCUCCAAAUUGAUGCCUGAUUUUAUUGGUGGCACAGCAAUUGAUCGCAUGCAUGCUGUUGAUGAAGGUGUAAUAAAAAAAUUAUUAAACCUCUGGUUUGGCUCAUCUCUUCGAAAUGCCCCAUUUUCUUUGCUUGAUGUUAAAGAUCUUAUAAAUGAGGGAUUAAAAUCAAUCAAACUUCCGAAGUUCAUCCAUCGUAUACCCAGAACAGUUGAUGAUCUCUGUCAUUGGAAGGCAUCAGAGCUCAAGAUGUGGGCGUUCUAUGAUUCCUUGCCAAUUUUGCAAGGAGCCAUGAAACCUGAUUUUUUCGCAAAUUAUUUGCUAUUAAUAACCGCUAUUUCCAUUCUCAGCGCAGACUCCAUUUCCGCUGAUAUGUUCGAUGUCGCUGAAAAAUUACUACAACGGUUUGUUCAUGGUUUUCAGCUAUUAUACGGGCUACAAUUCUGCUCCAUCAACAUUCAUCAACUCCUGCAUCUAGCUGAAUGUGUUCGUCAGUUGGGUCCUCUCUGGGCCUAUACUUGUUACCCGUAUGAAGAUCUUAAUGGUCGACUACUGAGAACUAUCUAUGGAACAAGAUAUAUAGAUUCCCAAAUAGCCACAGCCCACAUGCAAUUGAUAACUAUGAGACGUCAUUUGGAUUUACUGACAGAGGGCUUGAUAAAAGAUUAUCGUUUUCGCCGCAAAAAACAAAUAAAAAUCUGUGAGAAGUUAUCAGCUAGCUCUUACAGCGUUGGAACUUAUUCGAAAAUUCUAACAGAACUUCCAGCAGAAAUCGACGAAGCUAUCAAUCGCUCGCAAAUACCAAGGGGAAGAAUUCAAGUAUAUAAGCAAUUGUUAAAGCAAAAAAAAUUGAUUGUUGCAGAAUUAUACUUCAGAGAUAUUAAAACUCAGUCUUCUCAUGUGCAAUAUAUACACGAUAAUGAAGAAUAAAUAGGUUCCACCUAUUGUUUCAUAAAAGUCAGUCCUAAUUGCGAAUAUCUGGGUGACUGUCAAUGCGAACCAAUGCAUUACGCAAUAAUUCGUAAAUUACGGAGCGAUCGUAUUUUUGGAGUAUUUACUGAUACUGUGGAUGAACGUUACAUUUCUUUACUCCAUCUCUUCAAAUCUCAUCGACAGGAUGAAGUUAUCGCGAUUCCAGGGGAUCAAAUCAUAUUUGUCUGUGUGUGCAUGAGUAUAGGCGAGCAAACCUACGUUGGACUCCCUAUAAGUAGCCACGAGCUGGAAUAAUUCAUGAUAAUAUUCAGAGAGGAAGGUCUUGGAAAGAUUUGAGACGAAAAGACCAUAAGUCUGCAAAUGACAUGAAACUUCCAUAGAAAUUGCUUAAUAACAUUUUAUCCUUCAUAUAAUUAUUAGCAGAAUGAUUUGAUAUUCGUUCAAUAUAGAUAACUUUUUUUCAAUCAUCAUCAAUAUUAUUUUUCAUUUCGAGAGUAUAGAGAAUAGAAGAAUAAGAUUAGAGGUACAAUUUUUUAAGCUUAGAUUGAAGAAUCUCAACUCAAACAUUCAUCUCCUGACAAAUAUUUUUAUAUUGUAAUAUAGAUAUAUUUAAUAAAUUCUAUUUGUUGAUAUAUCUUUUUUCAGCAUUUUAACGCCGUAAUUUUUCUGUCAUUUGAGAGUUGAACCAUUCUCUACGUGACUUUUCUCUGGUAAUGGAAAAUUCAAAACAAUUAUUUUUUGAUAAAGUCGGUUGCAUUCAAUUUGUAUUCUUUCUGUUGGAAGUAAAUUGUUAAAAUUAUUCUUGCAGAUAAAUGAAAAAAUGAAUAACAAUUCAGUGAUGUUGUAUCUGGUAUGGUGAUAAUAUUUGCAAUCCCCUCGGACAUUCAGAAAAAUGGCCAAUUAAUAAAUGUAUUUGUUCUCACAGCAUAUAACGUCGUCCAUCGAGAAUAGUAGAGUUUAAUAUUUUCAUCAAUUGGUAAAGCAAAUCCAGUGAAGUCUUCCAGUAAUUUCAGUGCGUCCGAUUUCACAAUGAAAGUAGUGAAAAACUAUGUAUGACAGAUCUUCGUAGCUUAUUAAUUAAAAGAAUAUUAUAUCGUCAAAUUAUUGAACAAUUGGCAAAUUUUAAUUGCUCCAUCCCGAUAAUAUGUACCUUAAUUAUCAUCAAUGAGAAUUUUAAUCCAGUCCUAAUCUAGACGUUGAGAAUACCCAAUGUAAGUUAACAAUAUACUCAACUUACUCCCAAAAUUACUGACGUUGAGGGUAGGUUGAGUAUACGUUGGGAAGUUGAGGGAUUUUUGACGUACAUGUAUGAAUUAGUUGACGUAGGUUGGAAAUAUGCUGAAGAUUCCGCGGAAAAAUUGAAGAUCAAAGAAAAGUAAGUUUAGAACGUUAAGACUAUGUUGGGAGACCCGGUAAAAUUUUGACUCGGGUCACCAUCAACUAUUUUAGUUUGGGUUGGUUCAUCCAACCAAAUUUGUAUGAAAAUUUAAGCUUUAU